AAUUGAGUAUGUGGGUGUGUGCGAUUGUUUUGGAUGUGUCCAUCGCUAUUGAUUUCCCGAAGACGGUGUGCUGCAUUUUAAAAGAUAGCUAGACCACUAUAGUGCCGGGUUGUCCUGGCAACGAAUAUUGUAACGCUAGGAAAUGUUGCCCUUUCUGGACGAGUCCGAAGAAUUGUUCAACUAUUGGAUUCUGAAAGCGUUACUGUUGAUCGUUAUCUACUUUGCUUGGCGUUCGACCUACGUCCGAGAAGAUCGUCCAAAUGCUGCCGUGCUUGUGAUUGAAAAUAAUUUGGGACGUUUGAAUACAAUUCAACCACACAGCGUGACGACGAUCAUCCUGCGUAGCUCAUCACAACAGUCCAAUAUAUCAAAUGUAACUGAAACAGAAGAGCUUGACCUUGAAAACAAUAGCAUAGCCUCCUCAAUCGAUAACAUCACGCAGUCCAUCCUAACCGAAGCAUCGGAGUCGGCAACGGGGCUGGAUUUAAGUGAUACCGAAGGUUACCCAGGUGUAGUGAAUCCGCCUGUUGUGGACACAUUUCACGACCCAGGACCGGAAGAAAUUAUUAGACAGAUGGAUGCCACUGAGCCUGAGGACGUGUCAAUGUCGCAAGACAACGUUUCGACAUUACUAUCCGGUGUGCGAUUUCGACCAAACGCCGCCAGUCCGGAAGGUACUUCAAACAGUGAUGGUAAAUCCACUGGACACGUGGAUAGCAGCAACGCAAACCCAAGCACAUCGAGCAGCGGCAUCGUGGAACCUACUGCGACGACAAAACCGAUAAGGAUUAAACUAAAAUAUCUCAAUGAUGAUUCAAAGCUUGUGGAAGGCAACCUAAACGAAGGCAUCGGAGAGUUUAAACGGCGCAAUUUCACCCUCGAACUUGCAGCACAGAAAUUGGUCCGUUUAGUUUUCAACGGGCAUGUGCUUCAACCGGACAACAAGACGCUGGCGGCAUGCGGUUUGUUCGAUAAUUGCGUCGUCCAUUGUCUGAUACAUAAUCAGAAAUCCUCGCUAAAUGGAGGCGUUGGAGGUAACGAUCGCCCCUUGGAGGGAGCGACCGGCGACCAUCCGAAUUCUGCGAGUGGUGCCAACAGCGGGAUGGAUUCCCGUGAUGGUACAGACACCGAUCGGGCUUCAGAUCGUCGCGGAACGGAUGCAGAUACCCGAUCUGGCGGGACACGUUAUGGAACGUACUUCAUCUACAUUGGCACGCUAACCGUCACAGCCGUCAUACUGUACGGAUGGUAUUGUCGCUUUCAUUAUGGUCAUUUGUUUAAUCUGAACUCCACGAUCGGGCUGAUCGUCACGACCACGACUUUUCUCAUCAUGAUGCCGACGAUUAUCCUCGCGGACAGUAAUACACCAAAUUGAAUGUCUCACAACAAAACGAAAAUGUAUGCUUCUCGCUGUCGGUAUGCAACGGGCAUAUUUACUGCGGAUGCCGUGCACAUGUGUCUGGCAUUCAUUGUGAGUGCAAACUGUACCCUGUAUUGGUUGCGAACGACCAGCAAAAUCACAUCUUGUUUUAUCCAUUAUCUGUUCACUGCGAUAUUUCUAUCUGCUCCUUGUUUUGUACAUAAUG